AUGAAAUGCAGUUCCGAACAAGAAAAACACAAGCUACCUCACAGAUUUGAAUUUAUAGAGGUCCUAUCAGAUUUUGAUGAAAACUUUGGCAUCGGGAUGGCUUAUUUGCAUGAAGUAAAAGGAUUUGUCAGCAUUUUUCAACAAGCUGCUCAUAACGGGAUUAUCCGAUUUUGCAUUCCACCAACUGAGCUCUAUAAGGAAGGAGAGGGUGUCCCUGCUGGGUCUUUUGAACUUGAUCCUGCUUCUCUGCCUAGCAAUCUUGAUGACCUUAGUGACCCUAGUGAUACUAAGAUAAAGGAUGGGUCUACAUUGUUAUGGGAUGAUGGGAUUUACCUAGGCCUUAAAGGCAGAGGGGUUGGCUCCGGUGGGGAUGGCAAAUCGAAGGGAGCAUAG